GCGGAUGGUCCAUUCCGCGCAUGUACAAUCGGAAAUAACGUAUGGGUCACAAACUAUGUAUAUAACCUCUCACUGCAGCCAGAUGGUCGCCAUGCUUCUCAGUAGAUUACCAACUUGACGUUAUCCAAACUGAUAUUCGGCGACACCAGACACUUGCAGAGAUGCAUUCUAUUUUUCCAAUCUUUCUUCUCUUGCUCACGAACACGACUGCAGGAUACCUGAUCUCAAAUCCGCCUGGAAAAUACAAUGUUACGUUGACCAUUGGAACCCUAACCGAUUACACUCGUAAUGACCCUUCUGUCGAAACGCCGACGCCUCGGACGUUGGUGCUGUCGGUCUUUCAACCUGCAAGAUGCACAUCUACCGUGGCCGUCCCCUAUAUGCCCAACAAGACUGCUGAGUUCCAGGGACCCUAUCUCCAACAGCAGUUCAACUUUACCGCCGACUUUUCGCCCCUCUUCCUCCAAGCCCGCUUGCCAGUUUGUCCGGUCGGGCCCAACAGAUGCGCCACCUUAGACGAUGUCCCAAUUCUACUCUUCUCCGGUGGUUGGAACAUCCCUCGUCUCUAUUAUAGUGCUCUCGCUUCCGCCAUCGCUAGCGAGGGUUUUAUGGUGAUUAGCAUCGAUCAUCCUGGGGACACAAACAUCAUUACCUAUCCCGAUGGACACGCAGUGGUCGGCCUCAGCCCUGGUGAUCCUACCCCGGAUGAAUUUGCUCAGUACACCAAGGCUCGCGCUGCCGAUGCGUCCUUCAUCAUCGACCAGCUAAGCAAUGCGACCGCCGUAGCCGAAUUGCUACCGCAGCGAGGAGCCCAAGAAUUUUGCACUGACCGUGUUGGUAUGCUGGGACACUCUCUCGGAGGCGCCGCAGCCGUCGAAGCCGCCGGUCAAGACCCUCGCGUCCGUGGCGCGAUCGAUAUAGACGGUGUCUUUUACGGCUCUGUGCCCUCAUCGGGAAUUUCUAGCCCAGUGAUGUACAUGAUCUCCGAGGAGCUCAACAACAUCCCUCACCCUACCGUGUACACAUUGUGGCCUCAGCUGAAGGGCCCGAAGCUAUUCCUCGAGAUAGUAAACACAACACACAUGGGGCUCACGGAUGCACCUAUGCUUUUGCAAGCUGCUGGUCAAGAUAUUGCAAAUUUCGCCGACAUUAUCGGCGCCAUUGCGCCGGCCGAAACAUUGCGGAUUCUAGUGGCGUACACGUCCGCGUGGAUGAAAGGGGCAUUUGCAGGCAAGGUGGGAGGACCGUUGCUGGAAGGGAAGGAGUCGGGCAAGUUUCCGGAGGCCAAGACGUUGAUGAAGGGGAACUUCUGA